AUGUCUUUGCAGACAGACGACGGCGAAUACCCCAUCGAUAAACGCAAGCGCCAGGGUUCUCAGCCGCGUAUACCGCUCGGAGCGCAUGACGUGCCACUGCUAGACUGCUGCCAACCACCGCCCAAGUUUGCGCGUCUGCACUCCGCCGAGAUACCUCACCCCGAUGAUCCCGGCUACGCCCACUACAAGGCGGCACGCGACAGCGCCUUUGCCGCUGCCGUCCGCUGUUUCGAGAGCGAGCUGGGAGCCCGCUGCGCUGUGGAAUUUCUGCACCUUGAGAACGAGAAGCUGAUUGUGCGCCACUAUAGCCAGAGCAAACUGUCCCAGCAGGAACUGGCAGACCUCCAGAAAGCGACGCACUUCGACAAGAAAGAGCUGCAACAAUGGUACAAAGUGCAAACAGGUUUCCUCAAGGACUGUCCCUCGGGCAUGCUCACCAAGGAGGAGUUCCAGAAGAUCUACAAGCAGUUUUUUCCGUUUGGGGAUCCGUCGUCAUUUGCAGAUUAUGUCUUCAAUGUAUUUGACGCGGACAAAUCGGGCACCAUCGACUUCAAGGAGUUCAUCUGCGCUCUAAGCGUCACGAGUCGCGGCAAGAUGGAAGACAAGCUUGAUUGGGCGUUCCAGCUCUACGACAUUGACGGCGACGGCAAGAUCAGCUACGAAGAGAUGCUGGCGAUCGUAGAAGCAAUCUACAAGAUGGUACAAACUCCCUUGGCUUCAGUCUUCCAGUCUUUCAUGUACUCACCCCUUCAGGUCGGCUCCAUGGUCAAGCUCCCCGAGGACGAAGACACGCCCGAGAAGCGAGUGCGCAAGAUCUUCCGGAUGAUGGACAAGGACGAGAACGGCAGCCUAGACAUGGCAGAGUUCAAGGAAGGCUCCAAGCGCGACGAGACGAUUGUUUCAGCGCUCUCCCUUUACGAUGGUCUGGUGUGA